UUGAAAUCCCUGAGUGCUGAGCAACCCUGGCACUGAAAGGCAGACAGAGAGCAGAGAGAGCGAGGAGGAAGAAAAAAGGGGGGAGUGACAACAGCAUGCUCUUCUAGAAAAAGCUUCUGUACAGAUUUGAAAAGUCAAAGGGACUGAAAACUUUUACAAACGUCUUUUCUCCUGGAAUCUACUUGUUUCUUUUUUUUCCAUGAGUGCUGCAAGCGUGCUCAGGUCGUUCAGUCCAUCAGCAAUGCCUGGCCCAGUGAUGCCGAUGGACGUGGCUAUGAGAUUCUACAUCAGCCACUCUCCCCCUCCUCUCCGCGGGUUUCUCAGCUCUUACGAAGACCUGCAACGGGCCAAGAACCGAGUCAACCAGUCCACCACCCGCAGCCGCGACCAGCAGCUAUACAAACCCCUGCGGCCCUGCCUCAGCAGCCAGCAGAAAGCGGUGGACGAUGUGAGCUGGAGCAAUGGCAAGGCCAGCAAGAAGAGGGUGGUGUUCGCCGACACCAAGGGCAUGUCUCUCACUGCCAUCCACGUCUUCUCCAAAUUCGACGACGAGCCGUAUCAAAACAAGCGAUGCGUGGGGAUCAUGGAAGAGCUGCAGUUUGACAUGACGGACCUGGAAACAGCCACAAGGGAUCUAAAGAUCAGUUCUGCACGUAGCCUGGUGCUAGAUUUUAAACAGCCCUCAGCCGACUACUUGGACUUCAGGAACCGCCUGAUUCAGAACUCGGUCUGCUUGGAGAACUGCUCGCUGCAGGAGCGCUCGCUGACCGGCACCAUCAAGGUCAGGAACAUCGGGUUUCAGAAGUCGGUGCAGGUGCGUGCCACCUUCGACUCGUGGGUCAGCUUCACCGACGUCGACUGCACCUUCAUGAAUAACGUCUACGGCUGCCAGGACAGUGACACCUUUGCGUUCGUUCUGGACCUGCCCGCCCACAUCGCCCCACAGAACCGGGUCGAGUUCUGCAUCUGCUUCAGCGUCCAGUAUCAGACCUUCUGGGACAAUAACGACGGCAAGAACUAUGUUCUCAAGCAUGUCGGCUGGAAUGGAGAGGACCUAAACGCUCUGUCACCUGCGGCAUCUGUCGAGCCGAAGAGAACAUCAUCAGAGCACAAAAACGGGGGUGUGAAGGUGCUGGAGAUGGAGUUCGAUCAGUUCGGGAGCCCACGCAUGUCCAGCGGACUCUUCCCCGGUUGGCAGAGCUGGGGUCAGAUUGAUAACACCGUGCCUUACUGGUGAAAACAUCAGGAUUGCAUUGGAAUAACAUAACAGACACUGACAGGGCAUUCAAUAUGAAUCCAGCUGUGGGUUGCGAGUUUGGACUGGCUCUCAGCCAGAAACUAACCUGAAGCAAACAACCUCUGCUUUUCUAGCAGAGGAAGUGCACAAACCAGACAGAAACCGAACUGUAAUGUGCUACACUGACCUGCUUUUUCGCUGUAACGUGGUCAUUUUUGGCCUGAGAGACUUGAUGAACUGUGGUUGGAGGACGAGGGAUUUAUGGGGGGGAAAUCUGGUCGAGUUUCACAUAUUACUCUAUGGUAAAAUAUUAAUGUGCCUUCUCAGAGUGCCUGCCCACUAAAAUACAGACUAUUUGUACAAUCCACAACACACGUUAAGCCCAUUUUGAGGGCCUGAUGUAAUGGUUAAAUAUGCACUGAUUGAGAUGUCCCUCUCAAUGUGAUGUCUGUAAACUGAAGACGUGGAAAUGGAGCUGAUUAAGUCCUUCAUAUUGAAGGGAAAGUACAGGGAGUGCAUGGCAACAAUAUGCUUCUCUACUAAAGGAAACAGCUGAUUCAUUUCUAAUGAAAAAUGCACACUAAACUUUUGCACCUUCAAAAAAGGAAAAUAAUCACACAUGAUUCGGAAAUGGCCUUAAUUUAUAAAUUUUAGUCAUGCAGCCCUUUCUUUCCCUCCUUGUACAUUGCAAAUGUUUGAUGAAAAAAUGUUUGGAUGGUGUAAUUUUGAGGUAUGUUUGUUAAGGAACUGAGCUGCUAUCGACAGAUGUGUUGCAAGAGAGACUCUCGACACGAUUGGUUGUCUCAAACCAGAAAGAAGUUUGGAAAUUUCGGUGGUUUUGGCACGUCAGGAACGGAAAGAUGUUAAGACCGAAUGUUUUUUAAGUGCAAUUCUGUGACGAGUGUAUGUGUGGCUGAAAUUGAGCUUUUUUUUUUUUUUUUUUUAAAUAUUUUUUUCUUACUGUGAAGAAAGGUCUGUUCCCCCAGCAUUAUGUGUUUCACUUGAAGGUGUGUGUCACUGACAUGCAACAUGUCAGUCAUGUAUUUCCCUUUCAGAAAUAAAUCCCUUUAUUUGUGCUAAGA